AUGGGCCCCUUUUCUGGCCAGCUUUGGGGCAUCCGGACUGCUCUUCACCUCCGGCAGAUAAACCACAUACAAAAGCAAAGGUACCACAAUCAAAGACACCAACCAGGCACAAAUGCAGCCUUUGCCCAACCCAUCCACCCAAUUGUCUUAUUUAUUGUAUUCGUCUUCAAAUUCGCGCUCAAUAGAUUGGCAGCCAUUACCCUCAAGAACAUCGCCGACAAAAUCACCGAUGUCUGGAAGCAAGUCAACAUCAAUCACGAUCCCAACUUGGUCUCAGUCCCAUCACCAGCAUUACUACCACAAGCCACAGACAAAGACUUCACCUAUAGUAAAAAAAUGCCUUCAGCUCUAGCUGGCACCGAAGGUAUCGCCGGAGCCAAUGGGCCUCGCUGA